AUGCAGCUCGCCAUCGCUUUCGCCAUCCUCGCUGCGCUCGCCGCCGCCGCCCCGCUCCCCGUUACGGAGGUCGUCGACGCCAAGACAGGCCUCGCUGCGCGCGACGCCGACCCGCAGGGCUCGGCUGCCCAGGGCGGCUCCAGCACCGGCUGGAACGGCAACCCCAACGGUUCGUCUGCUGCGAGCGGCAACUCUGGCUCCGCGGGCUGGUACUGGUCGUACGGCUCCGCCCCUGAGGCCGGUGUCGCCAAGCGCGAGGCCGACCCGCAGGGAUCGGCGGCCCAGGGCGGCUCCAGCACCGGCUGGAACGGUAACCCCAACGGCUCCUCCGCUGCCAGCGGCAACUCUGGCUCGGCGGGCUGGUACUGGAGCUACGGUUCGGCUCCCGAGGCCGGCGUGGCCAAGCGCGACGCCGACGCCGACGCCGGCGCCCCCGUCCACGCUCCCCCCAUCCACGAGCUGGGCUGGAAGGGCCCCGGUGCUGGCCGUAGCUGGCCCGCCGCUCAAGGCGCAACGGGCCAGUCUGUCGACGCCGACUGCGACCCCGAGGCCGACACUGCUGGCCAGCUCGCGGGCACCAAGGUCUCGGUGAAGGCCGGCAACUACCCGCCCGUCUACCGCCGCGCGCCGGACGGCACCUGCCAGCCGGUCGUCGAGAAGGCCAACUGGGCGCCGUAUGCGCGUGACGCCGAGGCCGAGGGCAACGUUGAGGCGACUGACGGCAAGGCCAAGCGCCAGGACGGUGGAUCCAACACUGACUGGAACGGCACUGGUUCCGGCUCUGGCUCGUCCGGCGGCGCGGGCAGCACCGGCUUCUGGAUCCCCCAGGCGUACGAGGCUGGCAUCUCCAAGCGUGACGGCAACGAGGCGGCCGGCAAGCGCCGCAUCAUGUAUUCGGAGGGCGGCUCGGCCCCGGCCAAGCGCCAGGAUGGUGGCUCCAGCACCGGCUGGAACGGUACCGGCUCGGGUUCGGGCUCGUCUGGCGGCGCAGGCAGCACUGGCUUCUGGAUCCCGCAGGCCUACGAGGCUGGCAUCUCGAAGCGUGAUGCGGACGGCGCCCGCACCGAGUACCCCGGCACCGAGUACUACGCCAAGGGCGUGCACGUCGCUGGCGCCAAGCGCCGCUUCAUCUUCGGCGGCAACGACCCCUCCGGCCCCGUCCUCCCGCCCGGUUUCGUCACGACCCCAGCCAAGCGCCAGGGCUACGUCUACGGCGGCGGCCCCGCCAACGUCAACAACGGCUGGCACGGCGUCUCGGGCGGCGCGUCCGCCCCGCUCGGUAACCAGGCUGGCGCAGGCACGUGGAACUGGUACAGCUCGGCGCCUUACGCCGGUGUUGCGCGCGACGCUGAGCCCGAGGCGGGUGACAAGGUCGAGGCUCGCGACGCCGAGCCCCAGGGCUACGCUUAUGGCGCCGGCCAGGCGGGCAACACCAACGGCGGGUGGAACGGCGCGUCCGCCCCGCUCGGCAACGCCGCAGGCGCUUCCAUCUGGAACUACUACGGCUCGGCCCCGUACGCUGGUGUCGCUCGUGACGCCGAGAACAAGGUCGACGUCCAGGCUCGUGACGCCAACGCUGACGCCGACGCCGGCGACAAGGUCGAGGCUCGUGACCCCCAGCCGCAGGGCUACGUCUACGGCGGCGGCCCCGCGAACGUGAACAACGGCUGGCAUGGCGUCUCGGGCGGCUCAGCCCCCGUCGCUAACGCCGCCGGCGGCACCGUCUGGAACUGGUACGGUUCCGCCCCUGAGGCUGGCAUCGCCAAGCGCCAGGCCGUGACGGGCGAGGAGCCCGCUGAGGUGUGGGGCGGCGUCCCCGCCACACCCGAGAUCGUGUCUGGCGGCCCCGAGGUCGUCGUCCAGGGCCAGCCCGAGGUCAUCAUCGGCCCCGCUUAG